GCUGCACGCACUCUCACGCGCUCCCGGCACCGCUCUCUACCUGUCUGUUUCUUUUUUAUUUUGUGUUUUGGAUACUUUAGUGACGAAAUAGACAACUUUUCAAGACAGCCCACAGCCAUUACGCCGUAGCAGAAGCAAUCGGAGCACCUGAGGCUGGCAGUGCGUCAGUCAUUUACUGAAGGAGCGGCCUUAAUAAGGCACAAUUACUUCCGUAAACUCGGUCAGCUGUGAGUGUCCGUCACGUCCAUGCACUCCACUUUGGAGCCCACCACUGGUCAAACUUCACACUAGGAGCCGGAAGUAACUGCCUUGGAAAACAAUAACAACAACUAAAGUCAAGAGGGUGGCGAGACUCAUUAAGGGUUUGAUAAGCGGCCCAUGACAGUUCCCACACGCGAGCCGAGGCCUGAGUGACGUCACAGUCUUUGCAAAAUUAGGGCAUGAAUAUCUGCCCUGAGGUGCCAGGAAGAGAAAUAAUAGCCCAUUAAAACUCACGUAUUAAGGUGUCGCAGAGAAAAGUUUACUUGUCCUCAUCACGCAGGGCAUCGCAGGACGUUUGCUGGGCGAGGGAUGAGCAGAGAGACAAGCGAGGGUCCCGUGUAACUCAGAGUGGAGAGUGUGAUGGGCAGUGACAUCUUCUAACUAUGACUGACGUAGUUCUGAGCGAACCAUUGGACACGCAGUCUCUCAUGUCCAUUACCCGAGAAGUCUCUGAGGGAGGUGGCGCGGUGAUCCCCGCCUCGCACCCCUCCCGCGCCAGGAAAGUGCGGCCUUCGCAGCUCAAAGGCAAGCGAACGUCAGAGCUUGUGGAUAACAAAAGUGUGAGUCAAAAGCCAAAUCAGCAUAAGGAUUAUUUAUCAGAACAACGCGCUAAGAGAUUCGGCAAAUCAAAGGUGAAAGGCAGAGAAGGUGCAAAAAGAAGUAAAAUCAAGGAACAAGACAAGAAGAAAGAAAAAGAGGAUGAAGAGGAGGAGAAGGAGAAUGAGGGUGUAGCAGUGAUGAAUGAAGCAAAUGAAGUAGAUUCUAGACUCAUAUCCGCUGGGAGUAAUUCGAGUAAAGACGAAGGGAUCAGUAGCAACGGUGAGAAGGAGGAGGAAUAUGAGGCGGAAGAAGGAACGAAGGCUGACACAACACAAGACGACGCACAUCACGGACCUGGCGAACCUGACGACGAUGACGAAGGUCGAGGCAGCAUUAAAGACGAGAGCGACGAGCUUCCCGACCAACUUGACGAUGAAGUGCCAACUGAGGACAGCUUGGAAAAUCUUACCGGCGAAAGGCUUGCCAAUGAUGAGAGCAAACUUGAACCACUGGAAGAAACUGCACCCCUUACAGACCUGAAGGAACCCGCAGCAGGUCCUGAAGGUGAUGGAGAGACAGUGUUACAAGAAGGUGACCUCAAUCUAGAGGAGGACGGUAAUGGUUACAGUGGUGAUAUGGACGAACCAAACUCUCUCGCCGCAAGUCACCAGAAAAUCAUUGGUCUUUCUAUCCCCCUUGUUGAAGACGCCGCUGAUGACACUGAUGCUGUGGAUGCUGUGGAUGCUGUAAAGGAUGCCGUGGAGGACGCUGUGGAGGACGCUGGGGAGGACGCUAUAGUGGAAAGUGAGGAGAAGGUUGAGAAUUUAGAGGAGGUAAAAGAGCCCACGUCGGAGGAGAAAGCCGAUGAUCUUGCGAAUGAAGAGAAGGCCGAAUCCGAAGAGAAAAGUGAUAGCGAAGAAAAGAGCGAUCAUUCAGAGAGUGCCGAGGGUGCAAAUGUUAACGUUACAGUGGACGACGGGCAGGCGGAUCCAUUACGAGAGAAAAGUGAGGAACAAGAAGAAGAAAAUGGAGAAGACACAAAGAACAAUGACGCAGAAGAGAAAGAGGAAGAAAUACAGGAAAUUCCAGCACUCGCUAAAAUUUCUGGAAGACCAAAACCAAAGAACAUAACCACAACGCCUCGGAUACGUGUACCAGACGCCGCCAAAACACCCCGCAGGAAGAGUUAUGACGCCAAUAAGGUUAUGGCCAACAGGAAGCCCAUAUCCUGGCGGCCCGCACCCAUCCAAGCCACCGCCAACACCCCCUCCGACACCUCCAAACUAUCACAGAAGAAGUUCAAGGCCAAAAUGCCAGUGGAGGUCUCGGUCAGGGAGGAGAGGGACGGGGAGGCGCGGCAUGACGGGACUGAGGAAGGUCACGCAGGUCACGAAGGAGACGGAGGAGGAGCCUUGAGUGCAGAGACCGUCGGAAUGGAGUUAGUGGUGCCUCUCAAUCUAGACACCUUUCGGUCCGAGGGUCACUUUGAGUCCAUGACGGAGGAGGAGGAGCCGUUGAUGGAGAAAGCGGAGUCUUUACCGGAGUUGCGACCUUCCACCGCCGGGAGGAAGAACAAGAUCUCCAGAAGGCGGAGGGUUCGCUCGAGGGUUAACUCAACGUGGAAGAAGGACGAGUUGCCAGAGAAUUACACCAAGCGGUGGCCUCUCACACAAGCAGGGAAGGACCCGUCUACUAGUGAGGUGUGGGUGCCGGAGGAGAACCGCCUUUAUGUCUACACAUACAGCUCCGAGCCACGCCUGCUUCACGUACGGAGGAUGGGGUCUAGGAGAGGCGUCAUCACCACGGACCUCGGGGAUCACGAUCCUAACUCCUCCUUCAGGAUAAGAAACAGGGGCAAUGGCAACCCGAUGUAUGACCGCCGGGUUGUGCGGGGUUCCAACUACGCCAAACGCCUGGGGAACGAGGACUUGCCCAAAUGGAACCCUUACUUCACCAACGCUCGCUCUCUUGAAAACAUCAAGCCUGAACCCGAGACAAACCAACGGCGGCAGGAGUUCCGGGAGAAGCUUGAGGCGCGGGCACGGCUACGGCGGGAGAGUCACGGCAUGUCCUCCCUGUACCCCUCUCACGCAACCCACGCCCGCCCUCGCGCACACUCCCAUGCUUACGUCCAAACUGAAAACUACUACGAGCCGCUUGAGCGACCCCCUGAGGCUGAGGUAGGCUUGCAAACCGAGGCGUGGGGGGAGGAUGGGUUCCCUCCCCCUGUGGUGUUCCAGUCUCCUGCAGUCGCCGACAUGAGCACGCAGGUGUUUGAGGACGAGCUGUACGAGGAAGACGAGGGCGAGGUGGCGGUGGCGGCGCUUGUGGCGAGGACGCUGCGAGAGGCAACCCUGGAAGUGCUUGAAGAAGAGCAGGCGGAGGAGGAAAGGAUCAGCAGGAUGCGGGAUACUCUACUGCACAAGGUUGCCAGCGUGGGCGAGGAGCAGGAUGGGAAUAGUAUAGAUAAUGAGAGGGAGGGUGAAGAGGAGGGACAGGAAGAGGAGGAAGCCGAGGAGAGGAAAGACCCCGAUGGUAAGGAGACCUCUCCUUUGGACACACAGGAGCCAGCCAGGUCCCCCGAGCUCCCUGAAGACUUGGUGAAGGGCGUGACGAGUCUUGACGGGGACGGGACAGCUGACACGCUCCUAUCCGACCCUGUGGCGGAGUCUGAAUCUGUCGCUGUGUAAACCAAGGAAUUUUAUAUUAUUUUUUCCCUAUUAUAAGUUCCUCCACGUAUUUCCUCCUCCACGUCUUGUACCUUCACCUGCAUACUUUCUUCCCCCUGUCCACACACCGUCGGCUCUCCUUGUGAGCUGACAGACCAAGAUAGUCCUGCAUAUAGAAAUACAAGUUUUCUACCAAAUAAGUGAACGUCGUUUUUAGUUUACAAGUUCUUACGUGAGAGAUGUUCGUGUGGAUACCAGCCAAAUGGCUCACUAAGGACCAAACACGUCAUUUCAGUGCAUGAAGAGCAAAGAAAAUGUAUAUGAAUUGGACUUAGUUACAAUACGUAAAGCUUAGUGAAGGUGAAUGCCAUGACCUUUGAAGUAAUGAGAAAAAGAGAGACAGCGAACGAGUGUAUGAAAUGCGGAUAUACUCGUAUAAUGUUAAGUAUAGUUAAUGAGUGUUUCAUGUACAUACUAGGAUUGUUUGUAUUGGUGCAUGAGCAGGGUGUGUCUCAGCCUGACUCUUGACGUUAGUGGCGUAUUUCUGUAUGUAUAUUAUUUACAUGACGAUUCUAAGCAUCUUGACAAACUCAAACAAACAGAUGAUCUGCCUUGGUUUCGUUCAACAGUGAAUGCAUAGGAAGGGGAAAAAUGACAUUUUUUACUUAAAUUUUUGCAAUUUGAACUGUUUGAAGGAGAAGAAUCAAGGAAUAUCUAGAAUGUAACUUUCCAUCUUGACUGAAAUUCCCUUCUGCUCAGCUUAUUUUAACAUGAUUAUAUUUUUCAAUUGCAUUUCCCUGAACUCUUCUCUCUCUCAUGUAAAAAUGAAACGAGAUAAAAAAUAAUGUUACUGUUUUAAGUAACGGUUAGGGAGUGAACGAAGUAGUUAGGAUACAAAUGAAGGAAGGAUGCGUUGCGAAAACUAGCUCACAUUGAUUAUAUUUUCCUAUGAAAUUCAAAAUUGUUUCGCCAUAAGUAUAUGAUCUGGUGUGAUUGAUUAAAAAAAAAAAAAAAUGAAAUCGUACAGCAAAAUUUGAUUACUUUAGUUGUCAAGACUUUUUUUUUAUCAUCCUGGUCAAUUAGUGAAAAGGCAAUGUUUUUCUUCGCACAGCAGGAUGAAUGUGGAAAGAUGAUGAUGAUAGUGAUGAUGGUGAUGAUGAUAAUAAUGGCGAUAUAACAAUGUGUCAUAGACUUUUAUAUUUGGCUAGUGGUCGCCUCGUGUUGUGGAGGCGACGAGGACCAAUGGAAGCACAGCACGUUUCUCCACAACCAAUGGGGAGGAAGGCUCUCCCAACCCACCCAAUCCCAACUAUUUCUUUCCUUUGUAACUUUUCUUUCCUGAACUCCGGUGCCACAUUUAGCCAAAACUCUCCCGACAGUACAAUAACUGUAUAUAGUUCUGUUUCAUUAGGUAACGAACGAAAAAAAAAAAAAUCCAGUUAGUCUGAUUUUUUUUUCUUUGCUUUUCAAUUUUCAUGUUUGUAUUUCCCUCUCGAGAAUGAUUGAUAUUUUGUGCAUCUCAAAUAAACGUCCCAGAAACAUUACAUGCUGACUAUGUACGUACUAUUGGCCUUGAAUUGCCUUACUGAAAUAAUCUCUCUCAAGGCUGUGUAUGUAUAGACUUACCUUAACUUCAUAAUAAUACUAACUUUAAUUACGACAGCCAACCACCAUAUUCCAAGGUCUUUCUGCCCCUUUCUGCACAUAUAUAGGUGCAUUCAUAAUAAUAAUACAGAUCCGUGCCCUUGAGUGUGUCCGUGGUCCGUAUUCUGAAACUCUCUGCUCUCUUAUCACGACUAUUUUCAAGAGUCACAGAAAUGAUCAAACCGUUUCUCAAGAGUGUUUCAUUAGUCAAAAAGUAGAAACCAUGGUAAUCUGUAUCUAGCCUUGGAAAAAUAUAUAUAUACUUUUGAAAACCCGUGUAACUUCAACUUCGUGGAGGCUUUUGAAUGUAGUAGAGGUGCAGCGCAGAAGUGUUUCAUAAUCCGGUCCUAUAUUUGUCUCUCUUGACGUGACACCCUCUCAAUCCCCGUACCUGAGUCGUGCCGUGUCCGAGAACCUGCUCAGUUACCCUUGGCGCGGCAGGCGAGAAGAAAACCGUGCUGUGCCGCGCCGUCCUAUUUGGGUGACUGUUACAACUCGUGGUUAGAGAAGCAACACGUAAUAUUAUGGUACUUUCCUUUCCUGUGACAUAACAUAUUACUCAGUGUAAGGUAAAACAAAACAAAAUGCCAAUAUAUAGUUAUGUGUCAAGACGAUUCACAUAGUACUUAAUUUCUGAAAAGUCAUUGUAUAUUUCAGAUAAGUUUCUACGUUAUCUGUAGUUUUUAGAGGAGUAAGGAUCACACCCUGAAUAACCGCCCUUUAUUUUGAGCGCUGUGCUAAGUGAGCUGGCAGAGGGAUACAUAACGAAGACAUUUCCGGUCAUAACACACGGGGCUCGUACACGUGAUGAUGAGGAAAUGGCUGGAGUAGAAAGAAGUCUGGUGGACGGCAGAGCCCACGCCUGGUUCUAUCCAGCCUUUCUCUUUAGCCACUUCAGUGUGUCUUCGGUGCCAAGCUCUUAGAACGACCAGUAUGAGUGCACCAGACAAGAGUAUGCUGUGUGUGUGUGUGUGUGUGUGUGUGUGUGUGUGUUUCUGAUGCCAAGUCUUAGUGUCUCAGUACCGUAGUGGCAGAGUCGGACGUCGAGCAAAGUGUCAAAAUGUUUAGAGCAGAGAGGGUUAGUUGCGUCACUCGCUCUGUCACCUCCUUGCUCUCGGGAAGGAGUUACGGUCGGGUUGUAGCAUCACGGCUUCCGGAACUUACAAGGAGAUAUUGACUCACGGCCUGCAUUUGGAUUUCUUGCUACUGAAUGGUGAAUAGGCAUGCAUGUCUAAAGAUGCAAAUUGUUUUCAAAUAUGGAAAUGCAAAAGAUAUGGAACGUAUUGUCACUAUAUUUCAUGAUAAACUUGAGUUAUAGAAUAAAUAGAUACAGGUGACCAUUGAUUUCCGUAACUCUAUACUCAGCAGUUUAAUUUUUCACAUCUGUCUCUCUCUCUCUCUCUCUCUCUCUCUCUCUCUCUCU